AUGUUUGGGGGUCGGAGACCUUUCUUCUAAAUUUCCCCCAAACCAAACGUGUUUCUCUACAGCGCCAAGACGAUUCCUUUCUCUCUCCAAAGUGCUUUUCCGCUUGCCUCUUGAUAUAAUCACAAAUUCUUGCUCUCCAACGACGCCUCCAACUUUCGAUUUUGCUUACUGAUUCCUUCCUCUUCAGGUAAGUAAUGGUGGUUGUGAAGCAAGCUGAUGAUUCUUAGUGCUUGAACCAAUUCAAGGUAUUUUAGCAUUUCUUCAUACACAAAUUGUUGAUGGCCAAUAAGGAUCCCGAGAUAUUGCUAGAAGAAGAUGCACAAGACACUCCAUGUGACUUCAAAGAACUUGUGUCUGAUUUUGAGUCGAAUUGUUUAGCUGAUACAUUAUCAGUUUACUUGGAAUCAUGUGAGCCCUUUUCAGUCACUGACCCUGAGCCUUCUAACAAUCUGGAUGAACCCAAUAUCUCCARGACAGAUGUCCUUGUUGACCCUUUGAACUCUAUUGUCUUAACUGAGUUGUCUGAGCUGAGAGAUAAUGAUGGAGAAGAUAGUAGUAGGAUUCAUCAUGCCUGUGGGAAAAAAAAUAACGAGGUUAAACGUUCAUCAACUCGGAGAAGUACCCGCAAGAGUACAUUAAACCAGAAAACCGAUACCAAACUGGCUGCAAGAAAAGGCAGUAGAACUUCUGGAAAGAGGCCAAUGUUAGAUCUACUUGCUGCAGAUGUCGGAAGACGACGAAGAAGUGAUUUGGUUCAACGAGCUCGUCCUUCAGCUUGGGGACUAGGAGGAAAAAUUGAUGAAAUCUUUAAGCAGUAUGUAGAAAAGAAUGUCGAUGUAAAUGGCCAUAUAGAUUCAAGAAAAGGAAGGAUGGGCCGUAGAGGUGGAAAGAGGAAUACUGAUUUCGUAAAUCAAAGCAUUCAAAAUUCACAGAGUGAAUCUCGAGCUUUGAACAAGGGCCUUCUUCUGAAGUUCAAAUUGGGGACAAAAGUUAUUCAAAAUUGCCAAUUCAAUACGAUACCUGAUAUGGAUAAAGAUCUUGAAAGUUACAGGGAGGUGAAGAUAGACACCUCCACCUUACAAUGUGAUAUAAAGGAAAAUUAUGAAAAGGAGGUGCCUCAUGCUUCAUUGUCUAGGGCUUCUGAUGGGAAUCUGGAUAAAAGGGUGGCUGGCAAAGCUGUCAGUGARCUUCAUGACAUGAUAGGAAUAGGAGAAUCGGUUGAAAAUAGGUGCUUAGAUCCCGGUACUUCACCUGAUUCAGAAGUUAUUAAUGUGAUYCCAGAGACCCAGAUCAGUGGAACUACUGUAGAAGUAUUACAUGACCUUCGGAUAUCCUCAAAAGAUUGUACUGCUCAUCAAUCAGGGGACKGUGGUGAUGGAAGUGGAAUACCUAGUCCAGAAAUAGUAAGUGAUGUUAUAUUAUGUGAUAAGUUUGAGCAUGGUGAGAAACAGAUUGAAGGAUCAUGGUCUAGUGGGCAAUCUAUGUCAAUUACCACCGGAGUUGCUUCUAGCAAUGCCUCUAGUAGGGACGGAUGUCCAGUUGAACCAGUGGCUUCAUUGCAGGAGACAGAAGUUGGMGUUUCCAUGGAUAUGUUGACAAUUGAAAGUGGCUUGAAAGCUGAUUUUAGCAUUGCUGGGAUUGAGUCGGUGGAGUCCUGUUUCUCAGACAAGCUUCUUUCAGGUGCAAAAACCAAUGGUCAAAAUCUUCAGAGAAGUUUGAAAUCAAGAGGAAUAACCAAGAGCAUGCCAAGAGUUCCUGAUUCACUGAAUAAGAAAAGAAYCAAUUGCCGGCAGAAAGGAUCACAGGCUAAGUCACCUGCUAAGGGAAAACUCAUGGAGAAGAGUGGUAAUGACCAGGCGGACYGUGAUACGGAAAGUGAUCCAAUAACAGGAAGUCAUGAAAUCAGUGUUGUUAGAGUACUUGAAGAGGGUUGUAGAAGUAGUGCUGGAGCUUUAUCCAACUCUACUAUGGUGCCUAGUGAGGGGGAGAACCGGCAGGGAUCACCACGAAGUGCCUGGGUGUGUUGUGAUGAUUGUCAUAAAUGGAGACGUAUAUCUGCUAUACUUGCAGAUUCUAUUGAGUCAACAGAAUGCAGAUGGAUUUGUAAGGACAACAUGGAUAAAACCUUCGCGGAUUGUUCAAUUCCRCAAGAGAAGUCAAAUGCUGAUAUUAAUGAGGAGUUGGAAUUAUCUGAUGCAUCUUGUGAGGAAGAUGCUUGUAAUGCUCGRCUGAAUUCCAGUCAGUUGGGACAAAAGCAGCCCAUAGAUCCUCCACARUCCUCUUGGAAGCUUAUAAAGACAAACAUGUUUCUGCAUCGCAAUCGUAAAAAUCAGACCAUUGAUGAGAUUAUGGUUUGCCACUGCAAACCUCUUUUUGAUGGCCGCAUGGGCUGUCGGGAUGAAUGCCUUAAUAGGAUGCUGAACAUAGAAUGUGUAAAGGGAACGUGCCCCUGCGGGGARUUUUGUUCAAAUCAACAGUUCCAGAAACGCAAGUAUGCCAAACUGAAAUGUUUUCCAUGUGGAAAGAAAGGUUAUGGGCUUCAGUUGCAAGAGGAUAUUCCCAAAGGAAGGUUUCUUAUUGAAUAUGUGGGGGAGGUGCUUGAUAUGCCUGCAUAUGAGGCCCGGCAAAGAGAAUAUGCUUCAAAGGGUCAUAAGCAUUUUUAUUUCAUGACAUUGAAUGGCAGUGAGGUGAUAGAUGCUUGUGCUAAAGGAAAUCUGGGACGGUUUAUAAAUCACAGCUGUGAACCAAAUUGCCGCACCGAAAAGUGGAUGGUGAAUGGGGAAGUUUGCAUUGGACUCUUUGCAACAAGGGAUAUUAAGAAGGGGGAAGAACUGACAUUCGAUUAUAACUACGUAAGGGUUUUUGGGGCUGCUGCCAAAAAAUGUGUUUGUGGCUCAUCUAGGUGUAGGGGCGUCAUUGGUGGUGACUCWCAAAAUGCUGAAACAGUUAUUUUGGGUGAUUCUGAUGAAGAAGAUCUCGAACCUGUUACGUUCUAUAAAAACAGCAGCAAUAAGUUGGGUUUAUCUGGGACAAGUAUCUACAAUGGUGCUGGAACACAGACUGCUGAAAGUACGUCCAAAAACAACGGUUGUGUAAUAGACAAGUUUGCAGUUGCUUCUGGUCRCGUGGAGGAUGUGGAGAAUGAGCGAAGUCCUGAUUCUUUGUUAGUCAUUGAUGACAAGAAUGAUGAUCUUGCAAUUCCUACUGAAUCUACAGAAAGAGAAGUUCCCUUUGAAAGGUCUUCGUCUGCUGCCUCAGCAUUGGAAAGUAAAAUAGAUAAUACAGAGGAACCAUUGCCAUUUUGUGCUGAACCACUUAAUACUUCGUUUAAAGUGCAUGAUGGGAAGAGGGAAACUAGAUUUCUAGAUGCACGUCAUCACAAUGUAGCGGAGAAAGAUAUGAAAGGAUGCUUAUCAAUUGGURGAAGAGCAAAGACUUCCCUAGACACUUCAGCGAAGUUGUUACCAAAUGAUGGUGAUUCAAAAAAGAAACCUAAAUCUCACACAAAUGAAAAUAAGUGUGCCAUUUUAAAGCCACAAGCUCUCUCGAAAUUACCAUCAUCAGCGGUGAAGAGAGGGAAAGCCAAAACCCAUGGUGUUAACAAGCCACCGGAGAUAGAUAGCAAGCCACUGGUAAUGCCUCAUAAAACAAAUAGGCUAGUGGAAGAUAACUUAACUGGCCGCUUUGAAGCAGUUCAAGAGGCACUUAAUACACUGCUAAAUGCUGAUGGGGGGAUAAGCAAACGAAGAGAUGCUUCAAAGGGCUAUCUGAAGCUUUUAUGUCUAACUGCUCAUAGCGGCAAUGGGGAAGGAAUUCAAAGCAAUCGUGACCUUUCUAUGAUCAUGGAUGCGCUCCUGAAAACGAAAUCUCGAACGGUUUUGCUUGACAUAAUUAACAAGAAUGGGUUACAGAUGUUACACAACUUGAUGAAGCGUUAUAGAAAGGAAUUCAGUAAGAUUCCGAUACUGCGAAAGCUUCUUAAGGUAAUACAGUAUCUUAAAGAUGUUUUCCCUUUAUCUUUUCUCAGCUUCAAGGAAUCAAUUUUGUCACUUACGGAGCAUACAGACAAGCAGGUCCACCAAAUUGCACGAAAUUUCCGUGAUCGGUGGAUCCCUUGGUCCGCCAGAAAAGUCAAUUGGGCAGAUAGGGACGUUGAAAGAAUGGAAAAUCAAGCGAGCCCAAACUUCAAAACAAUUCCAGUGCAACAUGAUCGGGAUAGAAGACCUUCUGAAGUUGCAGAUAACUGUAUUCAGCAGUCAUUUAGUGGAGUUGAUGCUAGAACUGUAGAAGGAUCUGCUGCAUCAUGUCUCAGUAGUUGCACCGAUGGCACGAGAACCAGAAAGCGUAAAAGUCGUUGGGAUGAGCCUGGUGAUGUGAAACCCGAUAUAGAAUCUCCAUCAAACAAAGAACAUAGAUCAAAAACCAGCAGAAGUGAACAAGUCAACCAUAUGGUGCAAGAAGAAAGACAAGUAAACAACGAUGAGGAUGGGGAUGCUCCUCCUGGAUUUUCAUCUCCAAUUAACCGACAAUUAUUCCCAUCUAAUGCACCUUCAACUUCCACCGACACCAACUGUUGUAAAUCCGUGAUGGGGUAUCCACAAGAAAGAUACAUUUCACGGUUACCCACUUCAUUCGGGGUUCCAUGUUCUGUUGUUCAACGAUUAGGGACACCUGAAGGAGAGAGUUGGGUUGUUGGUCCAGCCACGACUUUUCAUCCUUUUCCACCUUUACCUUCAUAUCCCCGUAAAGAAGAACAAUUAUGGCGUAACAAUUGUACAUCAUCAACAAAUUCCGCUACAGACAUGCCAUUCAACCAGCCCAAUUUUCAAAGAUUUAGGAACUCCAAUUCCAAUAAUACCCUUGGUAGGAGAUACUUCAAGCAGCAAAAGUGGAAUAACUCAAAAUCAGGGCUUCCAUGGAACCAUAACAAGUAUGGAUCUGCAAGUUAUAACCGGGGGUAUGGGAGGAAUGAAGCAGCAGGAAUGAUGAAUGGAAGUUGUGGGAACAAUUUUUAUCAGCAGCCACAGCAGUGAUGAUUCUAUCUCUAAUCUACGAUGGUAUUUUGUUUUUCUGUGUACUUUUUUCGGGUAAUCGGAUAAUUUUCUUGUUAAUUAUUGCGUUAAAUUUCACCACCUCAAUUUUUAUAGAGCCAAAGUGAUAGUCGUUACAGAUAGCUAUUGCCUGCUUGGGUACACAACAGAUUAUUCGCCUCGAAGAGGUAAAGCUUUCGCCAUUCUGCUUGUUUGACUGAUAUUGAGGUAUCAUGAAAUAAAUUACAUUUGCUC